AUGGGCAACGAUAAUAUUCUAAAAAAGUUUAUAGCUGAUGGAAUGAUUUUUGCAGAACUUAAAGAGCUGUUCGAGAAGUGUCUUAUUAACGAAGGAUUUAGUUCAUUAGAAUUAAGACUUGAAGAAAGUCCAGUUAAGGUCAUAUUGAAGGUAGUUAAACCGCAAGAAUUAAUAGGAGACAAAAAGUGGAAGAUUGUUCAGAUUCAACAUCUAGUAGCCAGUAGACUAAGUUUACCAGACUCUAAUGUAGUAGUAAUUAUCGAUAAAGUAGUAGAAAAAGGAUUAUGUCCUGUUUACCAAGCCAAUCUUAUUAGAGAAAAAAUGCUUGCUAAUAUUCCUCAUAAAAGAGCGGCCAACUUGGUAUUGAAGAAUACUAAAUUUGCAGGUGCUACAGGAUGUUUAGUAACUAUUUCAGGGAAGCUUAAAGGUUUAAGAGCUUGUACCAAGAAAUUUUUAGAAGGAGUAGUAAUAAAGAGUGGACAGCCUUCUAGAGAUUAUGUUAAGAAGCAUAUUACAACUGUUAAUACCAAGCAGGGAGUAAUAGGAAUACAAGUAUCAAUUAUGUUACCUCAUGAUCCAGAAGGUAUUUUAGGACCAAGUACUUUAUUACCCGAUAAAAUCGUGGUAUUAGACGCUAAAGAAUAA